AUGUCACCCAACACCCUCAGCACCGUCAUCAACGCCCGCCUCGGCGACGCCGCAAUGAAAGAUUCGUCGAUCAUCAUCCAAUAUCUGAAAGACCUCUGCAACGCAGGGAAGAACAAACACGUCUGGCGCACGAAAUUCGACUCCUGCGACCAACGACAAAGCCAAUCAAUCGACAACUGGCUAUGCGAGCUCCGCAACCUAUCCCGAAAAUGCGAGUUCGAAGUCGGCUGUUGCCACCUCUGCCAAACGGAGCGACUGCUCGGCCGCAUCGUCAACGGAGUAGCAGAUAACGAAGUCCGCAUCAAGCUGCUGGAAGUAGGACCAAAUCUCUCACUUGACCAAGCGAUUGUGAUCGUCCGCACGUCCGAGAUGUCAAAACUGCAAGCCGAGCAAAUCCAUCCAGGAGGAUCGGUCCAAGCCAUCCAUAAAUCAGCCUACAAGAAAGCCAAAUCAUCCAGAGUCACCGAGGCCGCAGCUGCAGCUACCACCAAAGCCAACCCCGGCACCAGUGGAGCCACAUGCGACAAAUGCGGUUUUGAAAUCCGACCAGGAGGUCACAACUGCCCAGCCAAAAACGACAAGUGUAGAAAAUGCGACCAAACCGGCCACUUCAAAUCCGUCUGCCCAGUAAAAGGUAAACUUUCGGCAAUUUACGUAAACCGAAUCGCCUCAACUAAAGAAGACACAGUCGCAAUCUCCAUCACACCCAAAGAAGGACCGGCCACUCAGGUACUCACACUGCCCGAUACCGGAUCAACCUUGGACGCAAUCCCGCCAUAA